AUGGAGUUUGUAAUUGAGAAAGUUGAUCGAUUUGAAGCAAAGGCUACACAGGCCAGCACAUUAGCUUCAAUUGAUUUAAUCCUUGGCGGGCUGGACAAUGAACAUAAGAAGAUGUUCAGAGCUUCUUGCUUUGGGCAAUUUGUUGGAAUGAGACGCAUUAAGUUCUCUGGUCAACUUAUACACCAGUUGCUGAAUAGGCUAGUUAAGUGUGACAAGGAGGAUGAGCUAUGUUGUCCAUGGGGGAAAGAGAGCUUCCGCCGCACUAUUGCAACAUUCAAGAGAGAUUGGAGAGGAAAAAGUAAGGAAUUGAAGAUCAACCCUAAGCCAAGCCGUUUCAAGUAUUCCUUACAUGGCUUUCCACUUGCAUUGCAGGUUUGGGCAUACGAGGCAAUGCCACAUGUAGGACGUCAGUUUGCUUCAAAAUUUCAACAUAAAGUCCCAAGGAUGGUUUGUUGGGACGCAACAAUUGCUCCUACAUCUUCUGAGAUUAAUGAUGUUCUAAACCAGCGGAAACUUAUUGUUUAUUGCAUCAUAAGGCCAACUGACGAGGAGAAUUCUGAACAAUAUAUGAGAGAUUUCAGUCCAUUUGAAAGCGAAUCACGUGAUCGGAGAUUUGAUGAAAUUAUUGAUAAUUUGGACAAUUACAUGCCCCCUGGUUUUAAAACUCCAAUAGAGUUAGACGUAGAUGGUAUGGCGGGGCAUUCUGCCUGUGAAGCAAAUUUGGGGGAUAUGGAGGGGUCUGCAACACAUGAAACACCAAGAUUUUCUCCAAGACAUCGAUAUGCUUGGUCAGAUGAGGGGACAUCACAUAUUCACCAGCCUAGAGGUGGCUUUCUCACUCAUAUAGAGUUCAAUCAACGAGUAUCACAGAUUGAGAAGAGGUUUGCAUCUGUAGAGAAACAGAUUUCGAAGGAGAUUGAUAGUGUGCGAUCUUAUUGUGGAGUUAUAGAGAAAAAGAUUGACACGGUAAUAGAGCUGCUUCAAAAUGCUAACAUGUCCAGUGGCUCCAGACAUCAGAGUAGAUAUGAACAUCACAGUGGUUUUGAGCAUCGGGGUGGAAAUGAGCAUCACAAUAGCUUUAAGCAUCAGAGUGCAUAUGAGGAUGAAGUUGGCUUUGAGCACAACAGACCAUCUACUUCAAUGUUUGACAACCCAAUGUUAGAUGUAUAUCCAUCAGAUGUGCAAUCACAAUACAAACAUGUGAAGAGUUUGAUUCAUCAGCAACAGUCGAUGAAAGUAGACUCGACCAGUGUAUGUACCCCCAACAGUCUCAUGUAUUCUAGGGAAGCAGACUUCUUCGACCAUGAUGGACAAGAGAUAUGUUGGCCGGAAGGACAAGUGGUUGAUCCAUUGAAUACCAAUGACUUCCUAUGUUGGCAAGCACAACCAAGCCAAGGAGUUGAUUUAAAAUUGGUGAAAUGCAAUAAGAAAUUAUACGGAGAUAUACUAACAAGUGGUGGGUGGUUAGUUAACAAGAAGAAGCAAAAAAUGUAUCCAAGUAUGUAUAGUGAUAAAAAUGGGUCUGGAAGAUUACGACGCAGCCAGAGGCUCCUUUCUGUGAAGGAUUCUUCUAGCAAGGAAUGGGAACAAAUUGAUUUGGAGUCAUCAUCUUCCGAUUCUCGACUUGAUGAGGAUCAUUCUGAUACACAGUUUGAUUCCGCAUCAGAUUCUGCUGGCUUAUGUAGCAAUCAUUGUACUCGAAUUCCUAUAGGUCCACUUUUUCAAGCAGAUGUACCAGAAUCAUGUGGAGAGGCUAACGAAAGUGAUUCUAAAUGGAUAGGUACCUUAAUUUGGCCACUGGAGAAAGUAGAAGUAAACCAAACCUUAAUUGAGGGGGAUUCUGUUGGAAAAGGUAGACAGGAAUCCUGUUGCUGCCAGUCUCCAGGCUCUGUUGAAUGUGUGAGGUUCCAUGUGGGUGAGAAAAGGACGAUGGUGAAGCUGGAGUUAGGCUCUGCUUAUUAUGGAUGGAAAUUUGAUAGCGUGGGUGAGGAAGUUGCACUUUCUUGGACAAAAGAAGAUGAAAACAAAUUUCAGCAUAUAGUGAAGUCGAGACCUUCCUCUGUGUAUUUCUGGGAUGAACUUUUCCACGUCCUUCCUUGCAAAGGCAGGGAAUCAUUGGUGAGCUACUACUACAAUGUUUUUCUUCUUCAGCACAGAGGUUAUCAGAAUAGGACUUCUAUGAGUAAUAUUGACAGUGAGGAUGAGGAAUCAGAAUUUGGACCAGUACGUAAGAUCUGGACAAAUGGCUGCUGA